GUUCCCCCACAAGACAACACUGUCCAAAAAGAAAGAAGAGAGUAGUAGUUAGAAGUUGGAACCACGCGUGGGAUUUAGUGCACGCAGAAGACGGAAAGAGCAAAAAGCCCAAUAUUCAAUACCUGCCUCUGCCUGGGCCCAUUUGUUGGUUGAAGUUUAAACGAGGAGCAAUCAGCGCCUUCUUUAGCGCUCGCCGCCGGCCUAACCACAAAUGUGGACGCUCGGCGGACGAGAAAAAGGAAGAACAAGAAGAAGUUGUUUCAACUUUCGAUGUCAUUAUAUCAAUCUGAUUUUCUAGCAUGCAAUUCCGGUUUCGCGUUGAAGUUUGAGCCUUGCAUCUCCAUAAGUCUUACGAGUUACCAUGAUGAGAAGCAUAAGUGAUUUAAACCAUUCAUUUCGAUGGUGGCAAUCGGCAAACCUCAGAGAACCUGCUCAUUUUGUCAUAAAUCCAACGCGAGUAGAAUAACUUGAGUUGUCGGAAGAGAUUUAAUUAUGAAUCUUAUACAAUCUACCAAUAAAUUCACUCAGCCGAAACCAACUCAUACGAGCUUGAGUUUGCACAGGUAUGAAUACUGUGUGCUUAACAAUUGGGGUUCGUCGAGAUCCAAACGCGAGAUCUCUUUAUGUCAUCAAUGACUAUGCUGACAUGUCAAAGAACCCGUUGAUCCCAACAACUCAAGUUCUUGGGAUCGAGUGUUUCUUUGACAUGGUCUCAGAGCCUUCUGUGAUUGAGAGUUCUUCAAUUGCUCGAAUUACGGAGACUCCAUUUGUUAAGCACAUGAUAUUCCCGACCUGUGCAAACUUCGAGGCCAUAUGUGUGACUUUUGUUUGAUCGAACAUGAAAAUAUGUGGUAUAAGAUCAAUUAUUAAAUCUCUUCCAACUACUCGAGCUAUUGAGAUCGGCGUGUACUUGACAAUUUUGUCUUUUUUAUCGAUAUACCCUCUAAUGAUCAUCCAAACAAGAAACCUAUUUGGAAAAUAGAUACACCCUUCCCUACUAGUUUAGUCCAGGAACCUUCGACCAUCUUGGCCUAAUAUCCUCCCAAACCUUUUUCACUAAACAAGCAUGUAUUUUAUGAAUGAAUUCCAGAAAACAACUCCAUUAUCAAAGCAAGCUUGUAAUUAAGGAUUGAAAUAUCGUACCGUAUCGGCGGUUCGACUAGAAAAACCUUUUAUCGGAAGUUAAACCGGUAGACAGUAUUUAGCGGUAUGAAGCGGUUGAAUAGGGAUGGCAAAAAUAUCCGUAACCGCGGAUAUCCGCCCGAAUCCUGCCUAAUCGGGUAGGGUAAAACCCGAACCCGAAGGACAUUUAGUGGGUACGGGUAAAAUCCAAACCAGAAUAUUGCGGGUAAUGGGUGGGCAUGAGUUUCUCACUAUCCAACCCGAACCCGCCCGAUUAUACACAUGCAUAUGUAUUUUGUCUAGAAAUAAUCAUUAUUUUUCUCUAACAUAUUUUAUAUUUACCAUAUAAUAUAAUAUUUUCAUGAAAUUGUGUAGUUUUAAUUAAUUUUCUUCAUUCUAGUGAAUUAUUGUCGUACUUUUCCUCUUACGUAAUGUGAGAAUACGUGUGAAUGUUAACGUAUUGGUUGGAGUUAUGAAGAGAAAUUAUUUCCCAUGGAUAACCGUGGAUACCCGAAACCCGAACGGGUAAGGGCAUGGUUUUGAUUUUCUACCCGUUUCACAUGUGGGUAUACGGGUAUGGGUAAAACCCGAACUACUAUGAGUAGGGUAACGGAUAUGCACUAUCCGCGCCCGACCCGACCCAUUGACAUCCUUACGGUUGAACCACAAUUAAACCACGAUUUUAGCAUAAAAUACGCUAACGCUCACUUUUCCGGUACAACCUCCUAUACGAUAUCUCAAUCCUUGCCUUCAACAGAACUCUCUGGGUAUGUUCAAAAUUACCUCAAAGGAGUUAUUACUUUGGAGCUUACAACGUCCCUACCUUUCAAAGCUAGUAAAGGUUUACCCAUUGCCUAGUGAAAUUUGUACGUAGGUUAUAUUAGGGUUAAUAACCCUAAACCUAAAAGCCUAAUAAGUCGAUUUCAUUUUCCAAAGUUGUAUGAAUAGGAUAAAGGCGCCUAAUUAGAGCCAACUUCCAAAGAGUCUUUUCCCCUAUUACUUUCACUUUUAAUAUAGGAAUCGGUCGGUCAGCAUAUAUAAAAAAAUCAUCCAUCCGCGAGUCCGCGACCAAUUCCAAAUAAUUUAUUUGUCUUUUGUCCUCAAUUCCCCAUAAAAAAAUGUUCUUAAUCAAUCAAAUUUGGAAACCUCAUUUUCAGGGAAAAGAAAAUUGAACAACAGAGAGCAAAUCCAGGAGUGGAAUAUGACUUAUUCCAAUUUCAACUCUUUUGAAUUUAAAACCUUCUCUUUUUGUUUUUGUUUUGACCCCAUAGACUUUCUUAAGUUCAAAAGAAAAAUGCAAACACGAAUUGUAUUAAACAUAUUUUUAGACCUAUGCCAACUGAUUCGCACUUUUUAGUAUAUCUAGUAUUAUGAUUUAAAAAAGUAGGCUUAAUUUAAGGGAGUUGCUAAAGGUCGCCCUUAAAAUUGCUAAAUGUCGCCCUAAAAAACAUCAAAGUUACAAAUUUAACCUUUUAGCUUCUUUACUCUUCCUUUAGCAAACAAACACCACUUAGUAAAGAAAAUAAAACAUUAUUCAAAAGAGAGAAUCCAUCAUCGUCAUUCUGGAGUUGGAAUCGUCGAUAUGAUGUCUGGAUCAUGACUAGCGACUCUGAAUCGGUAAAGUUCACUCAAAAAAUUGAAAAAAAAAAAAACAAAAAAAGUGAACCGUA